UCUGGUAUCUCUCCUUGACGAGUGCAUCCCACUUCAACUGCUUCUGCACACAGCACCAGCAAUGAGAUUCGCAGUAGCAUCGAGCUUCGUGCUCAGUGCGCUUCAAUACGUUUAUGCGCAAAACUCGACGUCGCUACCAGAUGUUCUUGACGCGGAAACUAUUGCAUCGUUGGGAAACAACAGCCUCUUCCUUAGAUGGCGGCCUCGUUCUCACUUUAUCGCGCCCGCUGGAUGGAUGAAUGAAACAUCUCUUGGGGGUCAGAUCUAUACAUACGCUUUAUUGAUAGUGAUUUUGCUAACGUACCAUAGACAUGCUGUAUCCAAAGAUCUUGUUACCUGGACAGAUAUGGGGGGUUGGCAAGAUGCGGAAGCUGAAUCCCUAGGUCCUACUGGCAACGGAACUUAUAAUGGCCUUGGCAUCUUCUCAGGGACUACCCAAGCCGUGAAUAUCACGGGAGGUCAAGAUGGAACACUCCUGACGUUCUACACUUCUGUUUCGCGGCUUCCCACCAACUGGGCCAAACCUUACCUCGAGGGCACCGAGACGCAAAGUCUCGCUAUAUCCACCGACGGAGGAGCAACCUGGCAAGACUACGAGAACAAUCCAGUGAUUAAGUCACCCCCCGAAGGCUGGAAUAUCACUGGAUGGCGCGAUCCCUUCUUCGAGCUCUGGCCUGAAAUGGAUGCGCUUCUCCAGCAGCAAGAACCACAUUACUACGCUGUCUUUGGGUCCGGAAUCAAGGGCAAUGGCCCUCGUAUUCCGUUUUAUAGUGCUCCAGCAAACGAUCUUACCAAUUGGACGUUCCUAGGUUCACUGUGGGAGCCGUCCGACAACGAGACACUGGGUGAUAUUUUGGAGACGGGCACCUAUGGCUUCAACUUUGAAGUAUCCAACUUCUUCUCGCUAAAUGACGAGGAUGGAGAUGUGCACUACUACUCUCUCUUUGGGACUGAAGGAGGGAACACUACUUUCCACCCUCGAGCGCAGUGGGGGCUAUGGAACGAAGGCAUGGUGACGCGACGUGCAAAUGGCUCUGCUGAAUUCACGCCUCUCUCCGGCGGUGCGAUCGAUUCCGGCCUUCUCUAUGCCGUCACAUCUUUCCAUGAUUCCAAGAACAACCGCCGCGUGCAGUGGGGAUGGGCUAACGAGGAACUCAACGCCUACUACACACAGCAAGGCUACCAAGGAGCAUUCGCACUACCACGAGAGAUGUACGUCAUCAAGAAGCAGGGUCUCAUCAAUCCUGACGGCCGCUUGACGACAAAAGGCAACAACAGAGUUAUCGAACACAGCGACGGAACAUUCACGGCAUACACGCUCGGCGCACGCCCACUUCCCGAAGUCGUAACGGGCCUCCGCGACGGCGCGUCUCAGAAGAGCUAUGCCACGAACGGCACUUCGACCCAGACACAGCUGAUUGGAACUGGUAGCAGCCACAUGGAACUCAAGGCCAAGCUUCGCAACAUCACCGGAUCUGUCGGUCUGACCGUCGCUGCCUCUCCCGGAGGUGAAGAAUACACAACCAUCUACUGGGAUCCUUCAAACUAUACAAUCAACGUCGAUCGCUCCCACUCAUCUAGCAUCGAGAAUAUCGCACAAAACUACACUGUUGUUGGGUAUUUCUACCCCUAUCAAUACCCCUCUGGACCCGAAGACAUCGACAUCAACAUCUUCCUCGACGGCUCUCUCUUGGAGGUAUAUGUGAAUGAUCGUUUCUGGCUUACUACCCGCAUCUACCCCGGCCGACUCGACUCGACAGGCUUUGGUGUUUACGUUGGCGAUAAUUCGAGCAGCGUGGACGUUUCCGGCUUAACGGUCUGGACGGACACGGCGAAUAUCUUCCCUGAGAGGCCACUGAACUCUAGCAGUGCGUUGGUGUUUGAUUCCGCCGAGGAAACGAACAACUAUGUCUGGUGGACUGGAGAUUGA